AGGUGGCGACAAACCGUUGUUCGAUUAUUCCGUGAUUACCCAACACCAAACUGUGCGUUGAAGAUGUCGUCCGUACUUAGCACUUUUACUCGAAGAAUUUUGCCUCAUGUGAGGCAAACAUCAGGCCACCAGGUCCGAUGUGCCGUCUCAAGCCUGGCUAGUCUACCGGAGGAACAUGAGAUGCUGAGAAAGACAUGCAGAGAUUUUGCCGAUAACGAACUUAAACCAAAUGCUGCUGAAUGGGACAGGAACCACACAUAUCCAGUCAAACAGGUAAAAGGUCUUGGAGAGCUCGGCUUGCUGGCUGUGUCCGUCUCUGAGAAGUAUGGAGGAACCAAUCUGGACUACCUGGCGUAUGCUAUCGCUAUGGAGGAGAUCAGUAGGGGUUGUGCGAGUACGGGAACCAUCAUGUCGGUUAAUAAUUCUUUGUAUCUAGGUCCUUUAGAAGGCUUUGGUACAGAGAAGCAGAAGGAAGAAUUUAUUGCACCGUUUGUCAACGGAGACAGAGUGGGCUGUUUUGCUCUCAGUGAACCAGAUAACGGUAGUGAUGCCGGUGCAGCCUCCACCACAGCCAGGCUAGACGGUGAUCAUUGGGUUCUCAACGGUGCUAAGAUGUGGAUCACCAAUGGGUAUGAGGCCGAGGCUGCUAUCGUCUUCGCUAGGACAGACAAAGCCAUGAAACACAAGGGUAUCAGUGCCUUCAUCGUUCCCAAGCCCUACGAGGGACUGGCGCUCGGUAAGAAGGAGGACAAGCUUGGUAUCAAGGCGACAUCCACAUGCCAGCUCAUGUUUGAAGACUGCAGGAUCCCCAAGGAGAAUAUCCUCGGUCAAGAAGGCAUGGGGUUCAAGAUUGCCAUGUCUACCUUAGACGCCGGUAGGAUUGGCAUCGCUGGACAGGCCCUGGGAAUAGCCCAGGCCUCCAUUGACUGCGCCAUUGACUACGCCACCAAGAGGGAGGCCUUUAACCAGCCCAUCUCACGCUUCCAGACCAUCCAGACCAAGCUGGCCGACAUGGAGGUCAGAGUUGAAAGUGCAAGGUUGCUGACCUGGAAGGCAGCCAUGAUGAAAGACGCAGGCCUAAACUACACGCAGGAGGCUGCAAUGGGAAAGCUAGCAGCAUCAGAAGCAGCUACUUACUGCAGUCAUCAGGCCAUCCAGAUACUUGGCGGUAUGGGUUACGUGACGGACAUGCCGGCCGAGAGGCACUACAGAGACGCCAGGAUCACAGAGAUCUACGAAGGAACAAGUGAAAUUCAGAAAUUCGUCAUAGCUGGUCAGAUGCUCAAGAAACACUCAGAAAUGAUGAGCUAAUAUUCCGUCUUAACUCUUGCCUGAAGAAUCGUUCACAUUAUACAUGGUAAACCGCAGAAUUCAGGGUUUUGAGUUUUUUGUUUUACUGUUAAAUAAAUGGCAAGUGGGGUGAGAAAAAAGGAUCUGCAGGCAGCAAAGACCUAAUGUGUAAUCACUUAUCUGUAUAGUAUAACAUACAGAAACGUAGAGCGCGUUAUGCUGUGUCCUCAUAUCUUGCCCUGGUGGUUUACUAACAGGAUAUGAGAACGAGGCUUUCGGUGUGGGCAAGUCCCAGGUUUUUUGCGCCAUACGUCAAUGACAAAUCAAAGAAUGAAGUACGUCCAUCAAUUCAAUUCAGUUGAUAGCCCUAAAAUAGCCGAGAUCAGAACAAAAAUCAAGUUCAUUCUUGACCUUGAUACUUAUUUUCGUUAUUGAUCCAUGGUUCUUUGCUCUUGGGGGACACAACGUGGCCCAAAAUCCUGGACUUGCCUUCAUGUAUAUACAGAGAUAUACAU